UUUUGGACAAAAACGCGUCUAUCCGAACGCAAGGCCAAAACGUAGAGGAAAAGAUGCGUUUUCAAAUUUUUCCAGAUUAAUGUGGACGUAGCCUUUGAAUGUCCCUGUUUGAAUCCUCACUCUGGCUUUUCAUCAAAACCCGUGCAGCUCUGAUUGGCUAUGGGAGAAAAAGAUGGAUAUCUGUCUUUUACAGCAGAAGGGAUUCCAUUGUCGUGGUUCUUUCUGUGUCCAUCAGUGGUGUUUUUCCUGGAAUUUGAGAGUUCACUGGGGACUAAAUUGUGGCGUCGAAAGGGAAUCGCUAUUGGUGAAUUUUUUUUGCGGUUAUCACUGGGUGUGUAUGGAUAUUCAGUCAGAUAUAAAGCUCACAGGGCAAACGCGAGAUAAUGCUUUUCCAGCAACGCUUAGCACAGGUCCUUUUAAAGUGUUUAAUAAUGAACAGAAUGAAAACAAAGACAUAAACAACGUCAGAAAGCUGAGAGUGAAUUUUACAAUGACUUCUCGGUGACGCAUGACAUCAUAACGAGUUUAUCAAGACUUUCACCCACAAGUGGCUUACGAGUUGCUAUCGGCAGAACAACACUGCCAUGAAUAAUUAAAGUUCUUAUAUACUAAUUAGUUAAACUGCCAUUGACAUGAGGGACAUUGUAUUGCAGCGUGAAGUGAACAUUAUUGAUUUUCUCCCUCUUAUAAUGGUUAACCACAUCAGUUUCUAAACUUUUUUUAUAGCUAUUCAAAUGUUAAAUUUAUCCACAAAGCAUUUCUGUAUUACUAGAGACUCUGUCUGUCCAAAGGUAAACGGAAAUGGUAACCUGCAUACACGGUCCAUUUUAUCUCCCAGGUGUUCACAGAUCUGCCACAUCAUUGUGUGUGUGUGUGUGCGCGCGCGCACCCUCACAGUCAUCCAGGACUGCAUUCCUCAAAUCUGCCACUCUUCUUUCGUGUUAUGUUGCAUUGGCCCAAUUUCCGACAAACGCCCCCCCCCUCCUUUUUUUCUCCACCCUGCUCACCUUUUUUAUUGCUCAGUUCAUGUUUCCCACCGUCUCAGCACUCGAAAGUCGUGACCCACAUAGAAGCGGCCAAAGGGAACUUAUGCAAUUUGGAUAGCUCUAUUUUAUCAAGGUAGGCCUGUGCAUGUCAAAUUUGGCGUUCACUAUUUUGAGUAUACAACACAGGCUUGAUUUGCUUGUUCCUCCUUCUUGUUAAACAGCCGGUUCAUUUUCCUGUUGGUUUAAAUAAAUAUCAGUCUCUGACGUCACUCGUUCAGCCGAGUUCAUGUGUGACGUGCGUUUAGGUGUGGUGUGCCUUCUUCAUGCUGGAGGCAUGCUGCACAGAACACGCAUAGAGCCGGGACUCAGGAGGGGUGUGUUUGAGUUUCUUUUCCCCUCGACACCAGAGGAGAAACAGAAACUUAAGCUCGGCUGUGUUUUGGAUCAUAAAAGAGGCCGGUGCCUUGUUUCUGGCUGGUGUUUGUUUGCUUGCUUGGGAAGUGGGUGACGUGGGAGAACACACACUUAAGAGCGCGUCUUGCUUUAAACCUGGAGCAGUAAAGCUGAAAGGAGUGCAGUGACAGCUCUCUACUCUGUAAAGCUCAGAAGUGAAGGGAAUUGGCAGUUUUGCAGUGAUCCUCACUUCCUUUUGUCAUGAGAAUAACAGAGGAGUCUAAAGACUGAAGUCCACUUUAGCUGUUGGAGAAUUGGAUUAUGGCGAAGAAGAACAGUCACAAGGAUACGUCAGGGGUGGAGUUUGACACGCACUCCAAAAUGGUCAUGUCCCAAGGAGGAACGUUUGAAAGGAUGAAAGAAAAGAUCCAUGCAGUUAGAGCAGUGGUUCCUAACAAGAGCAAUAAUGAGAUCGCCCUGGUCCUGCAGCACUUUGAGAACAGCGUGGAUCGGGCCGUGCAGGCCUUUGUCGAAGGCAGUGCAGUAGACAUUCUGAAGGAAUGGAAUGUCACGGGUAAAAAGAAGCCCAAGAAGAAAAAGAAGCCCAAACCCCAGCCAGAAGCUCCGGUAGAUCCUGCCCCUUCUGAAACCGCCUCGUCCCCAGUGACGGAGUGUGCAGGUGCUGUUAACGGUUUCCAUGCCAAUGGUUCGGCUGGUGCCGAUGGUGAGUCUCUGGACUCGUUGAGCGAACAGCUGGACUCUGCCUCCUUGGACGCAGCCGAGCUUGAGUUGGAACCUGCUAUGCCUGAGCUGUCAGUCACAAGAGCAGAAGCAGAAUCUGAAAAGAGCUUAGCGGCAGCCCCAAGUCCAUCUCCCCAGCAAAGUACCAAUUAUGGAGCUCGACAGAAUCAAAACAGUUCUCGAGGCAACAAGUUCCGCCCAAGGCCUUCUACCGGCCCUCACAAUGCAGUUCUGGCUCCUCCUCUUCUGCCCGAUGACUGCCAACAAGGUUCAUCUGCAGCCAAAAAGAUUGCAUCGAACAUUGACCGCUCAGUGAAGGAUCUCCAGCGGUGUACGGCAUCUCUGACACGAUAUAGAGUGGUAGUGAAGGAGGAGAUGGAUUCGUCUAUCAAGAGGAUGAAGCAGACCUUUGCUGAGCUACAGAGCUGUCUUAUGGAUCGAGAGGUGGCUCUGUUGGCUGAGAUGGAUAAAGUCAAAGCGGAAGCCAUGGCUAUCCUGGAUAAGCGUCAGAAGCGAGCUGAGGAUUUAAGGAGACUCACUGACAAGUCUGCCUCCAUGUCCGAAGAGCAACUAACAGAACUCCGUGCCGACAUCAAGCAUUUUGUGAGUGAGAGGAAGUAUGAUGAGGAUCUUGGAAAAGCUGUUAAAUUCACUUAUGAACUGGAACCUCUUAAAGCCAGCAUCAUGGGCUUUGGAUCAGUAUAUCAUCCGCAGAUUGGCUACUCCCAUCGCUCUCGCUGUAGUUCCACUUCUUCGUCAGUCACUGGCUCCGCCCCUGUAGAAGCUCCAGCUCAAGUUCAGCCCCAGGCUUCUGGUUACACAAGUCGCCCCAAUGUCCCACACAAACAGGUGUUCCAGGGUAACAGACGUAUAUUUCAGGGUUAUCCGGGUCAGCGCCAUAAUGGCAGCAGCUCCUACUACGACCGCAAUUCCAACCGGACCAACUACCGCUAUUCAGGAGACCACCGUGCCCCGGGCGACCGUGCCCCGGGCGACCGUGCCCCGGGCGACCGUGCCCCGGGCGACCGUGGCCAGGGCAACUCCUCCAACUUGCAGUUCUCAAACAGCACGAAAGGCCCCACCCACCCCUCUGUGUUAUCCUACCGGCAAGAUCGCCCUGCCCAAAACGGGCUGCCACAGAGGCAACCUCGGACACCCCCGAAAAACCCCUGACACACCCUAAAUGCCCUGCACCCUUGUUCCGGUUCCCCUCCCAUCUCCCUCCCUCCCCCCCAGUAUCCUUCAUCCAAUCCCUACCGACACCCCUUCCUCCACUCCCUUAAAGCCCCACUUCCCUGAUUUGCUCAGCUGUUCCAUACACAUGAAGAAUAAAAUUAAAGUUUACAUCUCUUGCUGUUGUUUUUUUGCUUUUCUUUUUUUAUUCUUUUCUUUUUUGUCAGUUGUAGUGCCACCUCUUCCGUUUCCCCAUAUCUUCACUUAUUUUGUUCACUUGUCCCUUUGUCUUUUACCCCCCUACCUUCAGUCGUGCAUUCCAUGUUUAACCCAGUUUGAAUGUCAUUCUUCAAAAAAAAAUGUUUUUUUUUAAAUGGCUGUUUCCCUUGUCAUUCUUCUUUCUUUAAGACUUGUCAAUUUUGUUUUGUUUGUUUCCUCAUUUGGGAGAGACCUAUGAUACUUCGUAACUGGCUAAGAGCUUUCACUCACGAAUCUUGUUUAGUCAUAAUUUGUAAACAAGUAGUGUUUACGCUAUUCGUAUUUCUUUCUUUUAGCUUUCAAUUUUGUCUUCAGUUUUGCAAGAUUGUUUUGUUUGUCUUUCCUUUAUUUUUUUUUAUAUAGUGCGCUUAUCCUACUUCAAGCUUUUGAGCUUUAAUAUAAUAUCUUCUGUUCUUCAAAUGUGAUUCCCCCCCCCCUUUCUUUUAGUGAAUUUUUUUUUCUUUUUUUUUUCCUCUCUCUCUUGAUUAAAAUUGGAAAGUAUAUGUUGUUUAGCUGCUGGGUUACUAGAUUUUGACAUUUGAUUCUGAAGUCAAUUGUUAACUGCAGUGUUGAAGGGUAGAUAUGGUUGUAAAAAGUAGAAACACGACCGUUAGUUUCUGUAGAAAUUUUAAGAAGUGCUGCUGACGAAAUUAAUGUACAGACUGUCCACGGGGCUAGAUGUUCUGAUCGCGGUCGGCCAGCAUUUAGGUACGAACGUAUGGUCAUCGUCAUUGCCUUUUUAUUUAUUAAUUUGAGUUUUGUUCAGCUCUCCCCAAGAGUGCUGUGCAGUGUUUCACAGCCUUGAUCACCAUUUCACCUCUAUUUAAAGGCCACAAUGGGCACAGAGGUUAGACCUGUGCGCCCUUAUCGAUCUUCCACAGUAUGCAUGCGGUGCAUUUUUAUUAUAUCUGCCUUUGAUCACAGAACAACCUCACUUUAAUCUUUUUAUGAUAAGGCUGUGUGUAUGUACAUACAUAAGUACAACUAGUUAUUUCACUAAACACAUAUGCUGUAUUGGUCUACAGUUUUACCAAGUAAAGAAAUACAGUUGAAGUUUGUUGAGUGCAUGUCAUUUGACCCCUUUGAAGGUGCUAAAACUGAAAUGUAGGACUUCAUCUCUUUCUCACUGGUAUACAGUGACUGAUAUACCUCAUACAUCAGCCGUUAUAACUCUGAUAGUCCGUACUGAAAACCAGGGCUGUGCUUUGCUUAAUUUGGGUUUGAGAAGUGCAUUAUAAACACUAAACAAAGUCUAUUUUUAAAAUAAAUAACCUCAAUGCCCUGAUAACAAGUCCCAUUCCACUGCCUUAACAUCUCAACCUGCAGCCUAUAAGGCUGUUCUCUUUAAUGACUGAUUUGUAGAAUGACCUUUUUCUCCAGUGCGUUUCAGUACAUGAAGGGUUGAAACUCUGUUGUGAUUAGCUGCUGCUUUGUGGUUUUCAUUCCUGGUCUCUCAAUACAGUCACUGCAUGCUUACUAUUACUGUGGCAACAGUGAAGUGUUUGCAUCCGUUUGUGCAUUCUUGUCACAAUGAUGAAAUGACCACUGUUUUCUUCUGGAGUCUGCUGCCCCUCCACCAAAAUACAGCUUGAAGAUUAACAAAGUUUCUGUGUCGUCAUCUAGGUUGGAAUUCGCAUGAAAUUGGGAUUUGGUUCACUUUGUUUGUGUGCACGUUUGAAUGUUCGUGUCUGAUACUAAAGAUUGUUGGCUAAGCAGGGAAGUCUUGAUUGUUGUUCAACCUCAACCACAAAUCCAGCCCGUUUUUUGUUUUCAUGUAAAUUUUUGCCAAAGACAUUUUUUUUUUUUUUUUUUUUUUAGUUUCAUUGUUAAUAAUAUUCCUAUUUCUAAUUUGUGUCUCUUCCUAAUGGGUCACUGACUUCAGUUUAUACUCGCCCAUUCUUCCCUUCCUUCCGCAGUUGUAUCUGUACAGAUGUAUCUAUACAUUUUGUUUUUGAGUCCCUGCAUUGGGACAUAUGUAUGUUGUAUUGUUAGGCCUAUGGUUUACAUACAGUUGUUAAAAAAAUAAUAAUAAUUAAAAAAAGUAUAGUGCAGUUCCAUUCUUCCUGAUGUAUAGAAAAAAAAAUCAUGUCCUGUUCAUUUCUUUGGUUCCAAUUAUGAGACAACUGUAAACUCAAGUGCCUUCUGUAGUUCCUUGCCUACAUUGUCAUUCCUGUCCCAUCCCAUCAUUUUCAAGUGUGGACCAAAGACAUCUCUAGCCCUUUCCAGUCUCCACUGUACAGGAUAUGUCCCCGUCUGCCUACAGUACAAGCAGCACUUGGACAAGUCUCCUUCCCCUUUGUCACUGAUUGGCACACUUCUCAGUUGCUAUGAAUAAAAAAAACAAAAUAAGAA